AUGGCUGGUGUGCCAGAGAAGGUGGUCCAAGAAGUGGAGGCCAUGAUGGCUUCCACUGCGCCAGUGAAUUCGAAGGUGGACCAGAUCGUCCAGCUUCUAAGGACACAUGGCCUUGCCCACGACCAAGUUCUGACUCCAAGUCAGCUCUUGGUCCACCCAGAAAACCGAGGCAAGUCCAUGGUGUCCUACUACGACGUCUGGUCCAAGGGCAGCCAGAUGACCAGUGUCGCCUUCCAGCCCAAGCUGCUCGACGGCCAGACCAUCUGCACCCAAAUGGCCACGGCCGAGACCAAGAGACUUGCCCAAGUGCAAGCCAACAGCCAACUGGUCUCUGAGGCCAAGGGCCAUCUGGCACCAGUGAGUGGCCAGGAAGGCUUCCUCUCCCUUGCAGGGGGCCACAGUGUGGCCUUCCUCCGAUGGUGCUGGAUCGUGCUGGCAGCAUCCAUUGAGGAAGCCAUGCCACAACUUCCAAACUUUAUUCAGCAUGCUGCCAACUCGUCGAACUCAAUAUCCAAAGCCAUCAACGAGUUGGAGGUUGCCCUCCAUGUGGCCACUGCAUUUGAGAAGGGCUUGAGCCUUCCAGAUGCCAUCCAGCAGGCCAGCCAAAGCGACGACAUGAGAUGCCGUGCCAGUGUCCCCGCCAUCGCCAAAUUCGUCCAGAACUUCGGCGGUGGCAGCCAGGGGUUUCCACUCCUCCAUUUCCUUGCCAAUUUUGGGAAGCAGUUUAAUGCCACACUUUUGGUGGGAACCGAGCUCAUGUCCACCCUGGUGGCAGGCCGGGAAACCAAGCACUGGCAAUCUCUCCAAGCCAUCUUGACUGCCUAUACCAAGGAGAUCCAAGACAGCUCGGCGGGAGAUGCCAUUGCGGACCAGGCCAGCACACAGACGGGCAUGCAGGUGACGGAUGUCUUGGCGGCCAGGCACAAGACCAUAGCUUUGCUCCAAAACCACCACAUGGAAAUGGGCAAGUUGUACACCACCAAGGAGCACGGUGCCAAGGUGUUCAAGCUGACGGAUAUGACGGACGACCAUGCCAGCAUGACUCACAAGCCACUCUUCCAAGAUGAGGAAGAAGUCCAUGUGCCAUUGCAGAAGCUGCCAAUGUGGAAGGCCACCAAGGCCAUGAUGCCGAUGUUGUGGUCCCAGGAUCUUGCCAGGGAAGGAAUGAUGGCGAAGCUUCUGUUGGAGGAGCGGGCCAGGUCGGAGGUCCAGCUGGCUCUCCACAGAGCGGCGGAAAGGCACCAUGUGGAUGCCCAGACCAUCGCUUUCGGCCAGAACCCCCAGGGGUUGUUUGCGAUCAAGGCAAUUCGCAAAACCAUUCGUUUGGUUCCACUGGGCACGGUGAACAAAGCCAAGUCGACCGCCAAGGAAACGAAGCUCCUCAUCCAGCACGGCGGCCACAGCUGGACCAUUGGGCCCUUCCGCCAGAAUGCGCAGUUCGAAGCAGACAGUGCGUUUUGCUUGAUUCCAUAUUUCUGGUGCAAGCCCACGAGCGAGACCUCCGAGGUCACCAUGGUUCACUCCACGGUCGUCGAGAUUGGGAUUACCAUCCCAUGCUUGGAGAAUCCUGCUCCGCUGGAGCAGCACCAGCCGCUUUUGUUCCUGGCGGCCCAUGCCGAAGCUUCCGAAGCAGACCACGGCGAGCCAGAGCCAUCAGAGGCCGAGCCUAAAGCCAAAGCCAAGGCCAAGGCGAAGGCCAAGGCCAAAGAGCAGAGCAGUCUGCAGGACCACUUUGCGGGCAAAAGGACCAGCGGCACCACCGGCAUAACCGGCACUCCUCUCCGCUUGAACCCAAAGUGGGUGCCCAUGUGGUUCGGUGCCAGCCUCCGGGUGCGGACCUUUCUUCUCCAUGCCCGCGAGACCAUGGAGGAGUUCCAAGUGUCCAUGGAGCCAUCCACGGCAUCCACGUCCUUCCAAACCUGGCUUCAAGCUCAAUUGGUGGCUGUGCAUGAAGCCACCCAUGGUGACCAAGGCUCCAAUGCUGAUCUCACCAGAAUAAUCAAAGCACCCGCCAUGAAGGCCCAGCAGGAGUCCAAGGCCAAGGUCUCCAAGCACUCCAUGAAGAAGCCGGCCACCAGCAAGACCACCAAGAAGCCAGAGGAGAAGCCGGCCAUGGAGCCCAAGGAGGAGGCCAUGACCAAGGCCCAGCUCGAGGCCAUGCUUGGCCCAGGCUUCGACGAGGAGCCAGACUUCGAGGAGCCCAUUGGGGGCCACCUGGCUCUCCACUGCACCAAGCCAGAGUGUCCCAGCUGGAUCUGGGCCCACAAGCUCUACCACAAGAAGUUGUGCAGUGUGUGCGGCCAGCUGUGGUUCAAGUCCUAUGUGGACCACGGGGCCAAACUCCAGUGGCGCUAA